AUGGCCAAGACGAGAGGAGCCCAAACCCCAUCUCCAUCAGCUCGCAACACUAGACCGAGAACUUCAACUAUGCGAGAUUCCAUGUCUGAGGCUCCACAGGCUUCUGCCAUUCCACCUUCUGAGGGUGGAAUGCCACCUAGUCCUUCUCAGCGUAGGUACGAGACUAGGAGACCACCCACUACACCUGAGAUAGCAGUCAUAUGUGCACAUCAGGAUCAGCUUAUUGCCACGCAGACCCAACAUACCGCCAUCCUUAGGCAGAUACACCAACAUUUGGGUAUUUUGUCGCCACCUGAGCAUGAUAUGCCUGGUACAUCAGAGCCUACAGAUCCAUCUCAGAAGGCUCCUCCAACAUUUCAGAUUGUGCCCUAUGAGGAGACUACUAUAGUAGAGAUCGAGACUUCGAUCCAGAGUACUCAAUCUACCACAGCCGAGCCAUCGUCUUCACACGAUCCUCACACCACUACCUGA